UCCUAUUAACAACUUUCUGCUGAUGGAGACAUAGUCACUACAGGCUGGUUCGUCCUUCUACUAUCUGUUGAAAAAAACGGGUUUUUAUUUUGUUUUCAACCUUUGAAAGGAAGCGGCUCAAUUCGAAGGACCAGUCAUGUCUGCAGAGAAGAAGCCUAAAAAGAAGAAAGAGCAGGCCAACGGGGCAACAGAAACCAAGCUGAACGGAACCGAAGCAAAACCCAAGAAAACAAAAAGCAAGAAGCAGGAAGAAGCAGCUGAGGAAGAUGGUUCCACUACUCAAAACGGAAAAAAGGUCAAGAAAAAGAAACCAGAAAAAGACAAAGACGAACCAGGAAAAGAAAAAGAGAAAGAGACAAAAAAGAAAGCCAAAAGUGCUCCAAAAAAGAAGAAAGGUUCAGACACAGAGAAUGACGAUGAUGACGUUGAUGAGGAUACUCCUAUGAAAAAAACAAAGAAAAAGACAACAACCAAGGACAGCUCUCCAUCCGCAAGUGCUGCCAAAGAAAAAAAAUCCAAAUCUAAAGAGGACAAAGAUUCUGAUGGAAAAGAGAAAAAGUCCAAGUCAAAGGAAAACGCCAAAAAGAAAGAACCCGCUUCGAUGUUCGUGAUAAAUGGAGACAAAGAAUCGAAAAGCAAAAAGAAAGCGGCCAAGUCAGACAGUGAUGACAGUGGAGAGGAAACUAAAUCGUCCAAAUCAAAGAAGAAAUCCACCGCUGGUUCUGCAUCCAUGUUUCAAGCAUCAACAGAGAAGGACAAAAACAAGGACAAGAAGACAAAGAAAAAAGGAAAGACAGAAGAAAGUGAUGAAUCGGAGUCCGAAAAAGAAGAAAAGUCCAAGAAGAAGAAGGGAAAAGGAAAAAAGAAGAAGGAGCGAUCUCCCUCACCUGAGAUUGAGUUUGAUGACUUGGAGAAGUUUGUGAUGCAGCCAGCGCCGCAGGGUGUGACGGUCAAAUGCAGAGUGACUCGGGACCAAAGAGGGAUGGACAAGAGCCUCUACCCCCUGUAUUACCUUCAUCUAGACAACGAGAAAAAGACAUUCCUGUUGGCUGGAAGAAAAAGAAAGAAAAGCACAACUUCAAACUACCUCAUUUCCGUUGAUGCCACAGACUUAUCAAGAGGGGGUGAGAAUUUCAUCGGAAAGUUAAGGUCAAAUUUAAUGGGGACCAAAUUUACUGUAUUUGACAAUGCUCUGAACCCAGAAAGAGCUUUUCCAGAUAUGUCUAACGCACGGCAAGAGUUAGCAGGCAUCAUUUAUGAGACAAAUGUUUUAGGAAUUAAAGGACCUAGAAGGAUGACGGUCGUCAUUCCAGGAAUGGACAAGGACAAUGACAGAGUUCCACUCAGACCUAGAAAUGACUGCGAUGGCUUGUUGGUAAAGUACCAGAAUAGAAGGACGGAAAAUCUGAUUGAGCUUCACAACAAGACGCCCGUGUGGAACGAAGAGACGGCCUCCCAUGUGUUGAACUUCAACGGCAGAGUCACGCAGGCCUCAGUCAAGAACUUCCAGAUAGUUCAUUCCAAGGACUUGGACUACAUUGUGAUGCAGUUUGGAAGAAUAGCAGAUGACAUUUUUACUCUGGACUACAACUACCCCAUGUGUGCCGUCCAGGCAUUUGCCAUCGCACUCUCAAGCUUCGACGGCAAAAUCGCUUGUGAAUAAUCCAACAAUCAGAAACAACAAACAGUGAAACCAGAACGCAGCAAGCUCACACUCACAUCCGACCAGCCCCGGCUCUGGACUCGCUCGCCUACACACUUUCUGAGAUGGGUGGCGAUGACAAACAGUUCCUUGUGAGCGGCAAAACUUCUGGUUGCUCUCCCGCCUUUUAUUGGCAUAUGAGUUUCUUCCUCCACGUGUGACAAAUUCAGACUUCACAGUCUUAUCUGAAGUCUUAUCUAAAGUCUUGCCCAACAUGGCGCAGGAGGGGUUUGUUUUCUGUUCUGACACUUCAGUGGAAAGAUCACAAUUUGUGGAACCAAAACUACAAAGGACUUCCGAUAAUAAAGUGUUAUUAAUAAAUAGAAAUGAUUAUGGUGCACCUCAAUCAAAACAGUUUAAACCAGUUCUAGGUACUUGUUGCAAUGUCAUAAAGAGUAUGUAUGUGUAUAUAUAUAUAUAUAUAUAUAUAUAUAUAUAUAUAUAUAUAUAUACAUAUGUAUAUAUACAUAUAUAUACAGUGACUGAAGAUAUCUAUGACAACGUCUAUGGAAGAGCCAUUUGGGAUUGAGAAUUCAGCCAUUUUUUUUACUGUAUGAAUUGAUGCGUAUUUAAAUUUAUUGAAUGAAACAUGCAGAUAAAUGUGCUUUCUUUACAUUGCGUGUGGACCCGCAUUUCAGAAUUGCAUAUCAAUGAAUAUUUAGAAAAUUACUGGAGUAAGCUCUUUCAAAUGCCACCAUGUGAUACAGUUCAGGCGGGAAAAAGUUAUGUUUGAGUUCAUAUUUUGCAUUGAGUACCCUUAAAGAUGUUAAUGUUGUUGUUGGUUGUGCUUUAUUGUACUGCGUUUCUAUAGAUGCUAUGCUAGUUCAGUGUCUUGUUUCAUAUGGGACAGUAAAAACAUGCAUAUAAAACGUACGGU